UGUAGCAAUGGGUAUCACGACGUACUACGGCUUUGCUCCGCGUAUAUUCAAAGGUAAUGACCAUCGAGUGGGAUUCGGUUUUCGGUUCGGCGAGCACGCUGAUCUUCAGAUCCUCUACGAGUUUGGUCCCCAGACGUCUACAACUCCUUUGAAAUCUAAGUUUGUACCAGGAACACGUUCAGUACCGCAACGUCGAACCAUACAUCGUCCUUUCUUGGAGCUAUUGCUGCGAGCGGGACUGAUCGGCAGAGCAUCGUAUCAUUACAACAUUGUCCAUGAUAAGAGUAAAGAUGAACCCAGAUAA